AGCUGAGGGAGGGAAUAUUUGUUAUGUCAUUGCUUGGACAGGAAAUUUGCCGUUAUAUCUCUCUUUGUCCCUUUUUUGUGUUUGUGAUUUGUGAUACAAUGAACGAAUUAGUUUCGCACAGUGAAUGCCCCCAAUGAUGGUGUUGUUUGGUUAUACCGGUACAUGCGGGAAUAUAAGCAGGUUAAUCUCGUUUAAUUUAUUAUACUGACUCAGGACAAUCUUGAGAAGUUUCCAAUUGCGACAAUGCAAUUUCUGCAACAACACAAGGCUAGAUUAAAUCAAUGUGAACGGGACUGUGCAUCGUUGUUUUAGGAUUGGACAUUGAAUAUUCUUGAAAAAUAUGUUUUCCUCAAAUCAUUCAAACAAAUUUACAAGUAAACGUCACUAUAGAUUUGAAUUGGAAGGGCCACGAGCGUCGAGUGUCGUCUGCUGCAACCGCGACAAUUACCGACAAUAAUAAUGUCACAUAACCUAUAAGUAUAAAACGAUCGGGAAAUAAUCUUGACUGGUCAUGAACAAGUGUGCAUCGCUUAUUUGGAAUACAAAAACUAUCAAAUGUUCGAGAUCUUUGAGUACGAAAGGGCGACAAACUCCAGCCGAAUAUUGUUUAGAUUUAGUUAGAAAAAGAGAUCAUGAGUCUUACUUAUGUUCAUUACUAUUGCCUCAUAAUAUACGAUCGGCAGCCUUUGCCAUUCGUGCAUUUAAUGUAGAAAUUGCUCAGAUCGAAGAUCAAGUUACCGACAAUCUUAUAGGUAAAAUGAGAUAUAAAUUUUGGGAAGAUUCUCUGGACAACAUCUACAGUGGUCUACCGCCGAGGAGUCCUGUUCCAUUGGAACUGCACAGGUUAUUGAAAAGGCAUAAACUUUCAAAACGCUAUUUCAAACGCCUCAUAAGCUCUCGUUCUGAAAGAUCCGGCGUCACGACCUUUGCUGAUUUGGAAUCAUUAGAAAAAUAUGCAGAAAACGCUUUUUCUUCCAUUUAUUAUUUGCUUCUUGAAGCAAACAGCACAGUAAAUGUAGAUGCAGAUCAUGCUGCGAGUCAUUUAGGAAAAUCUCAUGGGAUUGUAACACUUAUACGUUCAGUGCCUUAUCACGCCCAAAAACGAAAUUGCAUUUUACCACAAGACAUUUUGAUGAAUCAUGACAUAUCAAUGGAAUCUUUGUUUCGUGGUAAAUCGAGCAAAGCUUUGACCGACGUGAUAUUUGAAGUCUCCUCCAGAGCAAAACUCCACCUCGAUAAGGCACAAUCUCUAAAGGGUGCUACGCAAAAAGAAUGUGCCUCAAUUUUUCUACCCGCCAUAAUAAUUGAAGACUAUCUUGAAAAACUGAGGCUCGCUGACUUUGAAAUAUUUUCUCCACGAUUACACAGAAAAAACAAUCUUUUACCCUUGCAGCUAUAUUGGAAAAAUCUUGUCAGGAAAUAUAAGUAAUUAAAUUAUAUUAAAUUUGUAAAUAAACAGUUGAUUUUUUAAGGAA